AUUGUGCUUUGGUUCCCUGGCAUUUGUUUCGCUCACUAACAACAGGUUGCUUCCCCUGUGGCUCUGACACUCGCUGUACGUUCAGGCCAUCUUGCGACAGUCACAUUCAUUCCCAGCCUGCGAUGCCCAACCAACCGGAAGCGCGGAUUGAUUUCUCCACGGAAAGCAAGGGCGGCUAAAAAAAAAAAAGAAAAAAAAAAUCAAAGAAGCGCUUAUUAAAUAAUAAUCCGUCACAAAAAAAAGGGAGAUUAUAAACCUCACACUUGACGAGACAUCCGCUUAAAUCAAGGAUUAUUCUUUCGGGGAUAUGGGAUCUACCUUCAGGGUCCUCACCUGCUGGGCACCGUAAUGGUGCUCCCUGCCCCAGCUGAGCCCCUCGCUGCCCUCUGAAGGAGCAGGAUGACAAGAUGGCACAGCUGCUUGUACCGCCCGGACCUGACAGCUUCCGCCCCUUCGUCCCCGAGUCGCUGGCCGCCGUCGAGAGGCGCAUCGCCGAGGAGGAGGCUCGGAGACCGCGGGUGGAGCGCCGCAGCGACAGCGACGAUGAAAAUGGGCCAAAGCCCAACAGUGACCUGGAGGCGGGGAAAUCUCUCCCCUUCAUCUAUGGGGACAUCCCUCCCCCCCUGGUGUCCACCCCUCUGGAAGACAUGGACCCCUUCUACAGCAAUCAGAAGACCUUCAUAGUAUUGAAUCGCGGGAAGGCAAUCUUCCGUUUCAACGCCACUCCUGCCUUGUACAUCUUAAGCCCCUUCAACCCUCUGAGGAGGGUGGCUAUUAGAGUUUUAGUACACUCGAUGUUCAGCAUGUUGAUCAUGUUCACCAUCCUGACCAACUGUGCUUUCAUGACCCUCAGUAAUCCCCCGGAAUGGGCCAAGAAUGUAGAGUACACAUUCACAGGGAUUUACACCUUCGAGUCCCUUAUAAAGAUCCUGGCCAGGGGCUUCUGUGUGGGGAAGUUCACUUUCCUGCGGGACCCGUGGAACUGGCUGGAUUUCAGUGUUAUCCUCAUGGCGUAUAUAACAGAGUUUGUAAACCUAGGCAAUGUUUCAGCUCUGCGCACGUUCAGAGUUUUGCGAGCUUUGAAAACUAUCUCAGUAAUACCAGGCUUGAAAACCAUCGUCGGCGCACUGAUCCAGUCGGUAAAGAAGCUGUCGGACGUCAUGAUCCUCACCGUGUUCUGCCUGAGCGUCUUCGCCCUCAUCGGCCUGCAGCUCUUCAUGGGCAACCUGAGACAGAAGUGCGUGCGCAUGCCAGUGAGCAGCAACAGCAGCAACGUCACCAUCGACGACGAGAUGAUGUACAACUUCACCCUGCAGAACGCCACGGAUAACUCGUUCAACUGGACAGAGUACAUGAGCGACGAGAGUAAUUACUAUUACCUCCCUGGCCGUAGGGAUGCUCUGCUCUGUGGGAACGGCAGUGGCGCCGGGCUCUGUCCAGAGGGCUUCACAUGUAUCAAAGCUGGUCGUAAUCCAGACUACGGCUACACCAGCUUCGACACCUUCAGCUGGGCCUUCCUCUCCCUGUUCCGACUCAUGACCCAGGACUACUGGGAAAACCUCUACCAGCAGACUCUGCGUGCAGCAGGAAAACCCUACAUGAUCUUCUUCGUGCUGGUGAUCUUCCUGGGCUCCUUUUACCUGGUGAACCUGAUCCUGGCCGUGGUGGCCAUGGCGUACGACGAGCAGAACCAGGCGACCAUCGAGGAGGCUCAGCAGAAGGAGGAGGAGUUCCAGGCCAUGCUGGAGCAGCUGAAGAGACAGCAGGAGGAGGCACAGGUUGCCGCGGCAGCAGCCACGGAGAGCGGAGAGUACAGCGGGAGAGGGGGCCCCACCUCGGAGUCCUCCUCGGGGACGUCUAAGCUCAGCUCAAAGAGUGCCAAGGAGCGACGCAACAGGCGGAAGAAGAGGAAGCAGAGGGAGGAGGAAGAGGAGAGGGGCGUCCGAGACAAGUUCCACAAGUCCGAGUCCGAGGACAGCAUCAAGAGAUCCAGCUUCCGCUUCUCCAUCGAUGCCAACAGACUUUCCUAUGAGAAGAGAUGCUCCUCACCCAACCAGUCUCUCCUCAGUAUCCGUGGCUCCCUCUUCUCACCUCGGAGAAACAGUCGCGCCAGCCUGUUCAGCUUCCGCGGCAGGGCGCGCGACAUGGGCUCCGAGAACGACUUCGCCGACGACGAACACAGCACCUUCGAGGAGAGCGACAGCCGCCGGGGCUCCCUGUUCUUGCCACGCCGCCUCGAGCGCCGCUGCAGCGCCGUCAGCCAGACCAGCCUCGGGGCGCCGCGGAUCGUGCUGCCAGCCAACGGCAAGAUGCACUGCGCUGUGGACUGCAACGGCGUGGUGUCACUGGUCGGUGGAACUUCUGUAACAACCUCCCCUGUAGGUCUCCUGCUGCCUGAGGGGACGACUACAGAUACCGAGCUCAAGAAACGCCGCUCAGGUUUUCACCAGCCGUCCAUGGAUUACUUAGAAGAACCAGGAGGCAGGCAGAGAGCCAUGAGCGUGGCCAGUAUCCUCACCAACACCAUGGAAGAACUUGAAGAGUCAAGACAGAAAUGCCCCCCCUGCUGGUACAGAUUCGCCAACACCUGUCUGAUCUGGGAUUGUUGCCCCGCGUGGCUGAAAAUCAAGGAGGUUGUCAACAUGGUGGUCAUGGACCCCUUUGUGGAUCUGGCCAUCACUAUUUGCAUCGUCCUCAACACCCUUUUCAUGGCCAUGGAGCAUUACCCCAUGACUAAAGAGUUUGAUAACGUCCUCUCAGUUGGAAACCUGGUGUUCACGGGCAUCUUCACAGCAGAGAUGUGCUUCAAGAUCAUCGCCCUGGAUCCCUACUACUACUUCCAGGAGGGUUGGAACAUCUUUGACGGCAUCAUUGUCAGUCUCAGUCUGAUGGAGCUUGGCUUGGCCAACGUAGAAGGCCUGUCGGUGCUCAGGUCCUUCAGAUUGCUGAGGGUCUUCAAACUGGCCAAGUCGUGGCCCACUUUGAACAUGCUGAUCAAGAUCAUCGGUAACUCUGUGGGUGCUCUGGGGAACCUGACUCUGGUGCUGGCCAUCAUCGUCUUCAUCUUCGCCGUGGUGGGCAUGCAGCUGUUUGGCAAGAGCUACAAGGAGUGCGUGUGUAAGAUUUCCGAGGACUGUCAGCUGCCUCGCUGGCACAUGCACGACUUCUUCCACUCCUUCCUCAUUGUGUUCCGGGUGCUGUGCGGAGAGUGGAUCGAGACCAUGUGGGACUGCAUGGAGGUGGCUGGACAGAGCAUGUGCCUGAUUGUCUUCAUGAUGGUCAUGGUCAUUGGAAACCUGGUGGUUCUAAACCUCUUCCUGGCUCUCCUUCUGAGCUCAUUCAGCGCUGACAACCUGGCAGCAACCGACGACGACAGUGAGAUGAACAACCUUCAGAUUGCAGUGGGCCGGAUCCAGCGGGGCAUUGCAUUUGUCAAAACCACUGUACGCCAUUUCCUCCAGAGCCUCUGCUUCGGUGGGGGCGGUAAGGGCUCGGGUCUGGCUGAGGAGAGCAAACCCCUGGAUGAACUGCACAGCAACGGCAAGGGCAACUGCAUCUCCAACCACACAUCAGUGGAGAUCACUAAAGAUCCCAGUGGGGUGUACAUGACAGAGGGCAACGGACGGCCAGGUGGAGGGCUGGUAGUUGGGGUCGUGGUUGGUGGGGACACUACAGAGAAGUACCCCAUGGAGGAGUGUGACUACAUGUCAUUUAUUCAUAACCCCAGCCUGACAGUCACGGUGCCUAUCGCUGUGGGCGAGUCGGACUUUGAGAAUCUGAACACAGAAGAUUUCAGCAGCGACUCGUCGGACGUGGAGGGCAGCAAAGAGAAGCUCGAUGUAGAGCCCCAGCGUCUGAGCUCAUCGGAGGGGAGCACAGUCGAUAUUCGCCCCCCAGGAGAUGGGGUGGAUUCGGUGGAGCUGGAGCCAGAGGAGUCACUGGACCCAGAGGCCUGCUUCACUGAGGGCUGCGUGCGCAGGUUCCAGUGCUGCCAGAUCAACGAGGAGGGACCAAAGUACAAGAGCUGGUGGACACUCAGGAAAACCUGCUUUAUCAUAGUGGAGCACAACUGGUUUGAAUCCUUCAUCAUAUUCAUGAUCCUGCUCAGCAGCGGAGCGCUGGCGUUUGAGGACGUAUACAUCGAGCAGCGGAGGACCGUCAAAACAGUGCUGGAAUACGCAGACAAGGUCUUCACUUACGUCUUCAUCCUGGAAAUGCUGCUGAAGUGGGUGGCAUACGGCUUUGUCAAGUACUUCACCAACGCGUGGUGCUGGCUCGACUUCCUCAUUGUAGACGUGUCCCUGGUCAGCCUGGUAGCCAACGCUCUGGGUUACUCUGAGCUAAGCGCCAUCAAAUCUCUGAGGACACUGCGAGCCCUCCGGCCCCUGAGGGCCCUGUCUCGGUUUGAGGGCAUGAGGGUUGUGGUGAACGCGCUGCUGGGGGCCAUCCCCUCCAUCAUGAACGUACUGUUGGUGUGCCUCAUCUUCUGGCUCAUCUUCAGCAUCAUGGGCGUCAACCUGUUUGCAGGGAAGUACUAUUACUGCGUCAACACCACCAGUGACGAGAUCUUCCCCAUCGACAUCGUCAACAACAAGACCGACUGCUUGAAUCUGGUCAACGACAGCGCCCGCUGGAAGAACGUCAAAAUCAACUUUGACAAUGUCGGAGCAGGAUAUCUGGCUCUGUUGCAAGUGGCAACAUUUAAGGGAUGGAUGGACAUCAUGUACGCAGCCGUGGACUCUCGAAACCUGGAAGACCAGCCGAAAUAUGAAGUGAACCUGUACAUGUACCUCUACUUUGUCAUCUUCAUCAUCUUCGGCUCCUUCUUCACCCUCAACCUGUUCAUCGGUGUCAUCAUCGACAACUUCAACCAGCAGAAGAAGAAGUUUGGAGGUCAGGACAUCUUCAUGACAGAAGAACAGAAGAAAUACUACAAUGCCAUGAAGAAGCUGGGCUCCAAGAAACCACAAAAACCGAUACCUCGGCCAGCAAAUGCAUUUCAAGGCUGCGUGUUCGACUGCAUCACAAAGCAGGCCUUCGACAUUGUGAUCAUGAUCCUCAUCUGCCUUAACAUGGUGACCAUGAUGGUGGAGACGGACGACCAGACACCUGACAUGGACAAAACCCUCUACUGGAUCAACCUGGUGUUCAUUGUGCUCUUCACUGGGGAGUGUGUGCUGAAGAUGAUCUCUCUGCGUCACUACUACUUUACCAUUGGUUGGAAUAUAUUUGACUUUGUGGUGGUGAUCCUGUCCAUCGUAGGUAUGUUUUUAUCUGAAGUUAUCGAGAAGUACUUUGUGUCCCCGACGCUGUUCCGAGUGAUCCGACUGGCCAGGAUAGGCCGCAUCCUCCGCCUUAUCAAAGGUGCCAAAGGCAUCCGGACGCUUCUCUUUGCCUUGAUGAUGUCACUCCCCGCCCUGUUCAACAUCGGUCUCCUCCUCUUCCUGGUCAUGUUCAUCUACGCCAUCUUCGGCAUGUCCAACUUUGCCUACGUGAAGCGCGAGGCAGGAAUCGAUGACAUGUUCAAUUUUGAGACCUUCGGGAACAGUAUGAUCUGUUUGUUUCAGAUCACCACCUCAGGUGGGUGGGACACCCUGCUGGCGCCCAUUCUGAACAAGCGGGAGCCCGACUGCGACAGUCAAAUCGAGCACCCGGGCAACAAUUACAGAGGCAACUGCGGCAACCCAUCAGUAGCCAUCUUCUUCUUCGUUAGCUACAUCAUCAUCUGCUUCCUCAUCGUGGUCAACAUGUACAUCGCCGUCAUCCUGGAAAACUUCAGCGUGGCCACGGAGGAGAGCGCCGAGCCACUGAGCGAGGACGACUUUGAGAUGUUCUACGAAGUAUGGGAGCGCUUUGAUCCCGACGCCACGCAGUUCAUGGAGUACAGCAAGCUCUCUGACUUUGCAGAUGCUCUAGAUCCACCACUGCGCAUGCCCAAGCCCAACAUGAUCCAGCUCAUCUCCAUGGACCUGCCAAUGGUGAGCGGCGAGCGCAUCCACUGCCUCGACAUCCUGUUCGCCUUCACCAAGCGAGUGUUGGGCGAAGGCGGCGAAAUGGACGUGUUACGCGGGCAGAUGGAGGAGCGCUUCAUGGCGUCUAACCCCUCUAAAGUGUCUUACGAGCCCAUCACCACCACCCUGCGCCGCAAACAGGAGGACAUGUCGGCCACAAUCAUCCAGAGAGCCUUCCGCCACUACAUGAUCCGCCUGGCCAUGAAGAAGGCCUCCGCCCUCUACAAGGAGAAGCUGAAGGAGGGAAUCCGCGACCCCGACAAGGACGUGAUGGUCAUCAGCAAGUUCACCGAGAACUCCACCUCGGACAAAACGGACAUGACUCCCUCCACGGCCUCCCCACCCUCCUACAACAGUGUGACCAAGUCAGACAAGGACAAAUACGAGAAGGAGAACAGGGAAAAGGAAAACAAAGGGAAAGACUUGAAAGACAGAAAGAAAUAGACUUUUUCAAAAGGAACAAAAUCGAAAUGCAUCAGAGACAUGGGGGAAAUUUGUUUACAGCUUCUAAAGGGGGUAGAUGUACGCUUGUGUGUUGAUUGUUUAGAGGUGAGGAAUGCUGUGCCAGGUAGGCCUAACAUGGGAGUGAAGUUCUGUUAUAUGUGAAUACAUGGGGUCUUCUCAGAGGGGGAACACAGAAACAAAUGAUCCAGCAGACACUGCCAGAGACUGACUGGGACGUGGAAAAGCCUCUGCAAAACGCUUGUGAUUUUCCUAUUGGUUGUUGUUACUAUCUGACACACUUGAGUGUACUGUUAAGUUGUCUGUAGCUAGUGCUGCUGCUACUACUAUAAAUCCAGUGUCUUGAAUUUAACAAUCGCUGUAUCACUUAACAAGUACUCUGCAUUCUUAUUUUCUUUGUUCAUUUUUUUUGGUUACGAGUUUCUUUUUUAAUGAGAAAGAAUGUUUUCUACUUUUUUGUGUCAUUAUCGUGAGAAUGUGUCCACUGCUUUCACUGUCGUAGAACCACCAAGGGCAGACAAAGUCAAUGCUGGAAACUAAAACCAUCUAAAAAAAACUCGUACAGUGCAGGGUCAGUGCCAGAACGCUCUUGGUUCAUACAGUGUACAAAGCUGAAACAAAAAGCAUACCGCUGAAGUGCAACGGAAAAAUACCUUGUACUCACUGGUGUGCCGUCAGUGAUUGUUGAAAUCUGUAUUGUGUUUUUAUCUGGACUGCCAUCUCCCCAUUUCAGUAGAAAAUACGAGUCUCUAAAUACAGAGAAGCUGAAUGUAUGCAAGGAAUGAGACACAUUUAAAGAAAUCUUUUGACAUAUCAGGAAAUAUUCAAAGUCCUUUUUGUUGCUGAGAGUUAGAUGAGAAGAUUGAUACCACACAUGUCCGUCCUUUUUUUAAAUAUGAAGCUACAGCCAGGAGUGUGUUAGCUUAGCUUAGCAUAAGACUGGAAGCAAGGGAAAACAGCGAUCCUAACAA